AUGAAUGCGUCUUUUGUACUUCUGAGUGUUACAUCACUUUGUCUUGACCAUGUUAACUUUAAGCCUAGAAAUUUUUUGGAUUAUGUUGUUUAUUUUCCUAUGCUUGAGGAUCUCUCAUUUGUCGAAUGCAAUAACAUAUUUGAUUUUAACAUUGUUGCACCAAAACUUGGUAGUUUGAAUAUCAUCCCGCGCAAGUUUUUAUGUUAUUGUUACAAAGGAUUUGGUGUUCUGCAACCUAACUUGGACUUGAGAUCUAUAUCAGGUCUUAAUUUGGAUUGUUCCACUUGUUGCUUUGAGAUGUUUAUUGAAAAACUUACUAGAGUGGGAAAUGCACCUGCACUAAACAUUGAACUCCUCAAGCUACAUAUAUCAAGUUAUAGCUUUCCGCCAAAAAAUAUAAAUAAUUCUGCAUUCAUACAUCUGCUGCAAGCAUGCCCAAAAUUAUGCGAACUUGAUAUGUGGGGUCUACAGUAUUUGAAGAUAAAUCCAGAGGAUUUUGUGCUUAUGGAGGAACUCAGCAGUGUGGCUCGAACAUUGAAAAUGCUUCGCACUUUGAAGUCUAGCCAUUUUAAUGGGUGGAGGCCUGAAAUGCAGUCUAUUAAAGUGUUACUUGCUUGCUUUCUAGGAAUUAAGAAGGUUGUCAUUGUUCGAGGUUGGAUUCGCUCUGAUGAAGAAUUUAAAAUUAUGCAGGAACUUUUACGUUUCCCUCGUGCCUCAAAAGCAGAAUUUUUUUACAUAAAGUAAUCUUAAUUUUAUUCCGUUUCCUUAGUACGUAAGUUCUAUAUUGUGUAAUGGUUUGUGAGAUUGCUUAUUAGGCUUGAAUGUACUAUC